AAUCAGCCGAGCAGAAGCCCUAUAAGUGAAUGACAGGUGAUAAAUAAUUGAUCGUCUGCAAGAACAUUGAAGAUUGAAUUUUGAUCGCAAAAGUUAAUCAAUACGGUAAAGAUCAAAGUGCCCUAAAUAAUUACGCAAAAAUUCAAUAGCCCACCAUGGUGAUGGCAUGGCUUAUGAGUGCCACCGGGGCUUGCAAGUUGAGAGGACUCAGGCCAUCCUUGUGUUUCGGGCCAUUUGGCAUUUGGAACGGGCUCAUCCCCUGCCCCAAUUGACCCCCUAUCCACAUCCAAUGGUAGGGAUUUUCGUUGGGAAUAUAUCUUUUGUUCCAAUAGCCGAACAGGAACACUGGAAAGAGCAGAUAUGGCAUUCAAGUGAGUGUGUCUCAAUAUUUUAAGAUUUCCAUGCUUUAAAUUUAGACAGAAAGGCCAAAGAGAGGAGUUCAAAUAAGUUAUGGCGUACUCUUCUCCUAAUCCUUCUGCAAUCCCACAACGCCUCUCUUUCUUCUCAAAACCCUUCCCACCUCGCUUAAACUCGAGUUCGGUUGGAGUUCAGGUAAGAUCCAGUUUGGAAAAUGAGAACUGUGCUCCAGGAGUUCCAAAUGAUUCAUUGGAACCUGCUAAGAAAAAGGGGGCCCAAGCAUCAACAUCACGGCGUUUUUGUCUUACAUGUUUAUGUUCUAGUCUAGCUUUGAUCAGCAGUUCUGACACCUCUGUUUCAGUAGCUAAUCCAAUAGCUACAGAUGGGAAUGAAAGGGCUGUAUGCCGGAAUUGUGGGGGGAGUGGUGCUGUACUUUGUGAUAUGUGUGGUGGUACAGGAAAAUGGAAAGCUCUCAACAGGAAACGUGCUAAGGAUGUUUAUGAGUUUACUGAAUGUCCAAAUUGUUAUGGUCGGGGGAAACUGGUGUGUCCUGUUUGUUUAGGUACUGGUUUACCAAAUAAUAAAGGUCUUCUAAGGAGGCCUGAUGCGCGGAAAUUGCUUGACAAGAUGUACAAUGGUCGACUUUUGCCAAAUUCUUAACAUUUGUGACGUUUCUUCAUGAUGACAAGCUUAGUGACAUAUGAUGGGCCCGUGUUAGGAUUACCUCGCCCAGCUGGGGAACUCUUCUCUUCAUUUACAAAUGUUUCAGCAGAUUAUUAGUCUCAUGAGACUGCUUGCUUACAACAUGUAACAGGAGAGUAUUGCAAAUACUUAGGAUUUGCAGAAUUUUGACAUUGUGUAUUGUGAGAUAGGACAAGCUUCAUAGCUGUAAGAGAAUUCAUUACCAGUAAUAAGUAGGAGUUAGAAAGACUUUAGCUCUUGGUGUCUAAUUCGCCUCUAGUGCCCUUAGAUGUACUCUUAUUUUUUUGAUAAAAGUAGAAAAUAAAAAAAA